ACUCCUCUUCACUUCCCUGCCUCUGUCUCCCGCAUCGCGAUCAGUCAUCUCCUCCCAGCCUCCCCCGCCUCGCCGGAGAUCACGAGAGGCGGCGCCCCCAUCCCCGCGAUGGACGCCUCCUACCGCCGCUCAGGUGCGGGCGGUGGCGGCGGCUCAGCCCCCCGCACCGUCGAGGACAUCUUCAAGGACUACCGCGCCCGCCGCAACGCCAUCCACCGCGCCCUCACCCACGACGUCGAGGAGUUCUACGCGCAGUGCGAUCCAGAGAAGGAGAACCUGUGCCUGUACGGGUACGCUAACGAGGCGUGGGAGGUGGCGCUGCCCGCGGAGGAGGUGCCCACCGAGCUGCCGGAGCCGGCGCUCGGGAUCAACUUUGCGCGCGACGGGAUGAAGCGCAGCGACUGGCUCGCGCUCGUCGCCGUCCACUCCGAUUCGUGGCUUGUCUCCGUAGCUUUCUACUAUGCCGCGCGGCUCACCCGCAACGACCGGAAGCGUUUAUUUGGAAUGAUGAAUGAUUUGCCAACCGUGUAUGAAGUCAUCUCAGGUAUGAGACAAUCGAAGGAGAGGGACAGAUCAGGUGGUAUUGACAACAGCGGUAGAAACAAGCUGCCAUCAAAGCAUACAGUCGAGGCGCCGCCACCACCACGUGCAGAAAAUAAUGCCAGGGAUGCCGAUGAAGGCUACGAUGAAGAUGACGGCGACCACAGCGAGACCUUAUGCGGAACAUGUGGUGGCAUAUACAGCGCCGAGGAAUUCUGGAUUGGGUGCGACGUGUGCGAGAGGUGGUACCAUGGCAAGUGCGUGAAGAUAACUCCGGCGAAGGCGGAGAGCAUAAAGCAGUACAAAUGCCCAAGCUGCAGCUCCAAGAGACCUAGGCAGUAGCAGCGCCGCCUCCUUUUGGCGGGGGACGGCCCCCAUGGAUGGGGGCCUUGAAGCAGCAGCAGCAGCGGUUGAGACUUUUAGACUCCUUGUGCAAGGCUAACUACUACCGUCUUGCUAUGUUUACUGUACCUUUCGUUUCAGGUUUACAUAUGGUGAUGAUGCUAAUGCUUGUGAGGGAAGAUGACACACAUUUUCAAAGCCUUCUAACGUUUCCAUGUCCUGAAGAGGAGUCAAAGGUGUAUGUUGCCGGGAAGGGAUAGUAGAAUGAUGAAAAUAUGUGUAACUUUUCAUGGGAAGUUCAUGUUCCAAUAAUCCGUGAGGUUUAUUUAUACUAUUCUAUCUAUGUUAAUAUAUGUAUUAUUAGUCUGUUCAGCUGUCAUGUGAAACCUGUUGUGGAAUAACAAUUUUGGUUAUCCUGAAAAACAAACAAUAGCUGGUUUAUCGA